AUGAACUUUGAUUUAUUAGAAAAAACUUAUAAAAAUUUAAUAAUUCAGAGAGAUGAAGAGGACAAUGAAAGAUUUAAAAAUGCUAUAAACUUUCAAAAAAAUAUUUUUAAAUUUGAAAAAGAAUUAAUUAAAGGUAAAGAAUUAUUUAAAUUAAAACAAGAAAUAAUAAAUUAUAAGCACAGAAUUAAAACACUUGAAAAUGAAAAUUGUUAUUUGAAAAAUAAGGUUCGUUAUUAUGAAAAUAAAUUUAAGAAAUUAAAAAAUGAAAUUCAAAUGAAAGAUGAUAAUAUAAACUAUUUAUUAUCAGAAAAUGAUGUAAUAAAUAGAUUGAACAAGGAAAUAUCUCAGCAUAUUUAUCAGAAAAUAAGUUAA